AUGUCUCACCCCAUAACACUCUCCCCAGCUAGAGCAGAGCUCAACUUCCUCCUCCAUUCUCACGCCCAAAAGAAAAAGGUCAAGAUCAUCGAAGCACCACAUACCAUCCGUUCAUCCCGCCACCGAGAAUUAUCAUCUCAUUCACUACUAGUCGAACGCUACCGCUGCGAAGGCAUAAUCACCAUGCACCCAAAAGACGACAACAAAUCACAUGCACUGCUUGAGCAGGUUCAUGUUCCGAGGGAAUCAAAUUUCCUACCUCUAGUUCGAGCGCCCACGCCUUAUUACCCACGCGAGGUGGAAGAACAGCAGCAGCAGCAGGAUGGAAAGAAGAAGAAGGGGGUUCGUUGGACGGAUCCUUUGGAAAGACCGGCUACAGGGAAGGGAUUUCCGGGGGUGCGCGUGAGGUCGGUGCUUAAGAAGACGGAUGCGGUGGUGGGCGGGAAGAGCAGGAAGUGGUGGUACUUGAGGUGA